CGUCACGGGCUCGGGCUUCGUCAUCACGCGGCGCAGCGCGGAGGCGGCGGGCGCCGGCGGAGACGCCUAGCCGUCAUGAUUCCACCAUCUGCAACAACCCCUGUUAGUGAUGCUGGACUCUUGCCAAGCAUGGCUUCUCAGGAAAUCUGGAGGUCGCAAGUUCCAGACUAUUCUGGAUCAGUCACACGGCACAUCAGUCAUCGGGCCAACAACUUCAAGAGACAUCCAAAAAGGAGGAAACACAUCCGCCCUUCACCUCCACCGCCGCCAAAUACUCCAUGUCCUAUUGAUUUUAUUGAUUUUGGGGAUCUCCAGCCUCAGAGGUCCUUCUUAGAACUCCUGUUUAAUGGCUGCAUUCUCUUUGGACUCGAGUUCAGCUAUGCCAUGGAAACAGCCUAUGUUACCCCUGUGCUGCUGCAGAUGGGACUACCAGACCAACUGUAUGGGAUGGUGUGGUUCAUCAGCCCUAUCUUAGGGUUCUUGCUACAGCCUUUGCUGGGGGCCUGGAGUGACAGAUGCACAUCAAGAUUUGGGAGGAGAAGACCUUUCAUUCUGGUCUUAGCAGUAGGAGCGUUGCUUGGACUCUCACUUAUGCUGAAUGGCAAGGAUAUAGGGACUGCCUUGUCUGACACUGCAAAUAACCACAAAUGGGGGAUCAUUCUUACAGUCUGUGGUGUUGUCCUCAUGGACUUCAGCGCAGAUUCAGCAGACAAUCCCAGUCAUGCCUAUAUGAUGGAUGUGUGCAGCCCAGUGGAUCAAGACAGGGGCCUCAACAUCCACGCUUUGUUAGCAGGUCUUGGAGGUGGCUUUGGUUAUGUUGUUGGAGGAGUACACUGGGAUAAAACCAGUUUUGGAAAAGCUGUGGGAGGACAGCUUCGUGUCAUCUAUGUCUUCACCUCAGUUAUACUGACUAUAACUACUGCACUGACUCUAAUUAGCAUUCCAGAAAGACCCUUAAGGUCCUUUAGCAGGAAGAAAAAGGUGAUGAAGAGUCCAAAUCUUCCUCUCCCUCCUUCUCCACCUUUCUUCUUUGAGGAGGGUGCAAACGAAAACUUUGCUUCUCAUAACUCAGCUCACUUACAUGCAAGUUUUACGAGUCCUGUUUCCCCCCUCAGCCCACUUACACCCAAAUAUGGCAGUUUUGUCAGCAGAGACAAUUCCUUGACGGGAAUUAAUGAGUUUGCAUCAUCAUUUGGGACUUCAAAUAUUGACAGUGUGCUUAUAGACUGUUUUACAGGCGGGCACAGUAGUUACUUAGCACUUCCAGCUAGCUUGCCCAGGCAGCCUGUCAGUGUCAGCUUUCCUCGGGUGCCUGAUUGCUGUUACCAAGGAGAGAAUGGAGUUCUGGAGCAAGGGGAGAGCAACGUAACAUCGGGGCCUGACGGUGAGGCGCUAAGGGUGGGCUCACUGGAUGCGAUAAAGCCACGGUCAUCAGGGAUCUUGAAAAGACCUCAGACCUUGGCCAUUCCAGAAAUCGUGACAGGACACUGUCCAGAAAAUAGCAGAAGAAGAAAUGUAACCUUCAGCCAACAGGUUGCUAAUAUCUUGCUGAAUGGUGUUAAGUAUGAGAGUGAGCUGAAUGGAUCAGGCGAGACCUCUGAGCAACCACUCUCGGUGAAACUUCUUUGUUCAACUGUCUGCCAGAUGCCCAGGGCUCUUCGUAACCUCUGCAUCAACCACUUCCUAGGAUGGCUUUCGUUUGAGGGGAUGUUACUCUUCUAUACUGACUUCAUGGGAGAAGUAGUGUUUCAAGGGAAUCCAAAAGCACCUCACAACUCAGAUGAGUAUCAGAAGUACAACGCAGGGGUCACCAUGGGCUGCUGGGGAAUGUGCAUCUAUGCAUUCAGUGCUGCUUUCUAUUCAGCUGCACUGGAGAAGCUGGAGGAGCGGUUCAGCACACGGACGCUGUACUUCGUGGCGUAUUUGGCCUUCGGGCUGGGCACGGGGCUGGCCACGCUCUCCAGAAACGUCUAUGUGGUGCUGUCACUGUGCACUACCUACGGCAUCCUCUUUGCCACGCUCUGCACACUGCCCUACUCCCUGCUCUGUGACUACUACCAGAGUCGCGAGUUUGUAGGCUCGCAUGCAGAGGGCACGCGGCGUGGGAUGGGCGUUGACAUCUCCCUGCUGAGCUGCCAGUACUUCCUGGCGCAGAUCCUCGUGGCCCUGGCCAUGGGUCCACUGACAGCAGCUGUGGGCAGUGCCAGCGGUGCCAUGUAUUUCGCCAGCCUGAUGUCCUUCCUGGGCUGUCUCUUUUCCUCCCUUUGCAUUACCUACGAGUCACCGCUGACUGAGGAGCUGCCACCUGCUGAGGAGCAGCGCCCGCUCUUGCCCCGCGCACAGAACGAAUAAAUGGGAGAAGCUGCUCCAGUCUCUGCUGCCUCAUUGCAUCAUAUUCAGCCUCCCUAUCAUUGCACGGUGGGGUCGUGUGCCCCCCGGACAGCAGCAGUAGGCAUGGCAAAUGCGUAUGUCUGCAGUUUACUCGACCUCUGCUGUGUCUCUCAAAAAAGACAACGAUUUUGGAACUCCUGUUGUAUCUUUGAAUGAAGAAAGUAAGUCUUUUCAAGAAUCAAAAUAGAAUUUCAUGACUGUAUAUAUAUAAAACGAAAAGCUAUUUUGGGAACAAUUUAAGAGUUGUCUAGACAAUUUAUUUUCUGCUAACAAGUAGUCGUAUUGUACUCUACAGGAGAUGCACUUUAUUAAAACAAAUAAUUUAUCUUUGGCAAAAAGGUGGCUUCCUUUUAAUGUAUGUUCUCCCUCCCUCAGAGUGGAAGACAGCUUUAUUGAGAGACUUCAGAUGCCAUUAUCAUAACAACACCCUUUGAUUGCAUUAAGUAUAAUAAACAUCUUGAGAAUUCUAUGUCUACUGGGACUGAAAUGCCAAGGGAGAUCUCCAGCAUCUGUUUACUUUAUAUAAAUUGACAUUUUCCACUCCUCUGGUUGUAAAGACACAAUGAUUUAUUUAGCCUGGCUUUUCUGACUGGAAGGUUUUUGUCGGUGUUCACUAAUGAAAUGGCUGCAGCAGCUUUCCAUUGCUGUUCCUUUGUCCCAGGCUGCUGCUUCUGUAGCAGGGUCAGUGGAAGGUGCCAGUGAAAGUGGGCCUACAUGUAGGGUGGCAAAUUUCAGGCUGCAAUGCCCAAGACAACAGCAAAAGCAUGUAGUGCGGCAGAGUUGGGACUCUCUAGAGGUAUUUUACUAGAAUUCUUAAUUUUCUUGGUAUUGCCAUCCCUGCUGUGUCAUAACAAGUUUGAAUGUUCUGGGAACAGUGUUCUACACCGUGCAAGGAAUUCUUAGUUUUAAAAGCAUUGCCAGUGUACUCUCAUGUAUCCUGUGCAGAAAUGGUAAAUGCAUGGAAUAAUGAGAAUUUUUGCUGUAUAUAGCUUGCUGCCUAAUGCCUGCACCCACAGUUGUAGUCCAGUUUUACUUUAGAUCUGAAAGGCAACAGGAUAGUCCAAUAUCCAAAUAGCACUAAUAGUUAACAGUAAAGAAAGGGGAGACUGCUUCAUCAUAGAAUCUUGGAACGGUUUAGGUUGGGAAGGACCUUAAAGAUCAUCUAGUUCCAACUCCCUGCAUGGGCAGGGACACCUCCCACUAGGCCAGAUUGCUCAGAGUCCCAUCCAGUCUCUCCUUGAACACUUCCAGGGUUGGGGCAGCCACAGCUUCCCUAGGCAACCCGUUCCAGUGUCUCACCACUCUCACACAAAGUAUUUUUUUCCUAAUAUCUAACCUUUUAUCCUCUUCCAGUUUAAAGCCAUUCCUCCUCAUCAGUUUGCCUGGUGUAUGGAACACAGUAACAUUCCAGGAGCAGGAGGAAAGCAGGCAGUGAAUAAUGUUAAUCAAACUAUUUCAAAUGCAAAAUAUGCAUGGAGUAGCAUGGAGAUGAUGCAGUAUUUGCUGUGUAUAUAAUCUGUAUUUAAGCUUUUUUAUUUUUGCUUUUUCUAGGAUCCAGUGAUGGCUUUCUCAAACAAAGGAAAACAAUCUGUUGCAGUAGUCAAUGGAAUGGCCAACAGAGGAAAUCACAGUGUCAGAGCAGAAAUGAAGAUUUUGGUUUGUGAGAGUACAGUGCUAACCAAGCUUGUAAGAGCUACUUAAACAAUGAGGUAUUGAUAUCAAGUGGUGUGUAGAAUUACUACAGUAGAGAUUGGAGUCUCAUCUGUAGCUUUCUUCAAGCCUCAAAGGCUGGGUGUCAGCUUGAUGAUACUCUGCUUUCUGGCUUAUGCUCACUACUUGUAUUGCAGUUUUUUAAUAUUUUUUUUUUAGCCCACACAAUGGGAGGAGAGGUGAAGGUGAUAAUAAAGCUAAGUUUAAUAGCUUCUUUCUACCAAGAAAGGAAAAACUCUUGUUCCUUUUGCCCUAAGCCUUGCUCUAGAGAGUAUUUAGUGUACAGUCUACAGUAACACACACACCCUUGACCUAGAUCCCUGUAUGUUAACAUUGCUAUGUACAGCUCCCUUAAGCAACACGUCAUUGUGCCUCGGAAGAAGUAUAUACUAAAUAAUCUCUUGAUGAAAGGUGGCAUCUUCAGCCCAAAGUGUAAAUGGCAUUCAGUUCUCUUAGCUAACUGCUGCUGGUUUUCUCCAGCAAACUCCAGGUCUCAGCCAUAUCCUUCCUCAAGCACUGCACCUCUCACCUGCAGGAUACUAGAAUUGCUCAUUGUAAUUCAUUUACAGCCUUCACCCACCGACAGCGUCACAGCAGCUGAGAAUUAUGCUUUAUGAGCUCAGUAUGCCAAUGUUGUUUUUUUUUUACUGCAUAGUACUCUGCAUCCAUGCAUACACUAUUUUCUGCAAGUCCCCUCUGAGCAGUCAGAUACUGUUUCUCAGUGUAGCUUUGAAGCAAGGAAAUGUAGAGUAAGCUAGAGGAAAACUUCCUUGAAACCAUGCACCAGAGUACAGUCACCAUUUUAUAUAAAAUGGGACUCCGAAUGUACCAAAUACAUGGAAGAAGGGGACGGUAUUAGAAAAGUAAUACCACCUUCCACAGCCUCAUCCACUUCAAAUAGCAGUUUUUUAAUCAUCUACUCUAAUCCAUAAGGAGAAAUAAAAACACCCAUUCUCAGUAUUGUGAUUUUUUUUCAAAGCAAGUAAGCCCCUUUCUUGAAGUAUUUUCCUCUGUUGGGGCUGUUACACUCCAAGACUUACUGGGAUGCAAAACUGAAAACUUGUCUUUGCCUGGCCUUUGUAGAGGCGUGCAAGAAUUGCACCAAAGGAAACUGAAAAGCAAAAGGUAUAUCUAAGCUAGGAGAGAGACCUGAGCAGGUUUCUUGCUGCUUGGGAUAGGGUCAAAUAUAGAAUGAGUACUAAGACUCGUAUCUCGCUUCAUGCAAGCCCCAUUCUCCCUUUACCUGAGAGUGAAAUCUGUUCUGCUUGUAAAUGAACACAGGCCCAGAACCUCUCUGGAGAAUAUAAAUAGAAACACAGCUGUAGUGCCAUUUGCAUUUGUCUGUGCCAGGAGCUUCAUGGCCCACUGCACUGUCUGAAUCCAAACACCGGAUGAAUGCAGCAGGCAAAUGGAACCUGCCAGUAGUAAUUUGCUAGAGCUGCUAACAUGCCUUUAGGAAAAGGCAUGUAUACCUCAUGGAAUGGUUCCGUACCUACGCUAUAGCAGGAAACCCCAUGUUAUAGUUGCUGCACCACAUCUGGCAGCAACUGUAAACUUUCGGGAGCACGUCUGAAGAGAGCAGCACGUGUGGAGUGAGUAAAUGACACUUUAAUGCAGUUGAUGUGCUGACAGGGCAAGGCGCAUCCUCGGGCGGUCGCUGUCCAGGGCCGCUCGGCAGCCCCGCAGCAAAGGCCUCUCAGGGCGCGCUGCCGGGCUGGGACGAGCCCUCCGCAGGGGGUUCGGCGGUCUCUGGCGUUCGCCUCCGCCGCCGCCUCUCGGCGGCCGUCACUGUCAUGGGGUGGAGCGGCAGGAACCCCGCCAGACCUGCAAAGAGAGACAGUGAGUCGCGACGAGCUCAGCCCGCGCGCUCCCCUUCCCCCUCCGUUCCUACCUAGGAGCUUCUCAGCGGGCCGGGAGAGCUGCGCGCCGCAGCCCAGCCAGUGGCGUAUCCGUUCCAGAUUGAGCCCUGCCACCCUCUCGCCAUGGGCGUUGGGCAGCGGGUCGAGGCAGCCGAGCUGCUCCAGGUACUUCCCGUCGCGGGCCCGUCUGCUGUGCGCCGCCACGAUACGGAAGAAGGGCCGGUUGGUGCAGCCUCCGAGCGCGAAGCGGAUCACAACAUGUCCCCCCCGGUAGCCUUUCAGGAGGCGACUACCUGCGAAGAGAGAGUCAAGCGGCUAUCGGGGGCCGGGCCGGGCCCGGCUGGCCGCUCCCGCGGGUACUUACCGAGCUGUACCAUGACGGUGGCCGAGCGCUCUACCGGUCGCGACGCGAUGACGUAGGGCGACCGGAAGAGCGGAUGUCGGAGCAGAGUCGGGGAGCGGCAUCUGUGGUCCCGCCGCCCCCGGAAGCAGCGGCGGGCGCGCGGCGCAGCCGUUUCUUGUCCCCGGCAGCGGAAACAGGAUCCUGAGGACAUCUUCCACCUGUCUCUGUCCCGAUUCUGCCCUGUAGUCCAUUGCUAUAAUUUUCUAUCACUUGUCUUGCUCUGUCUGGCUCCCUGCCAUUUUUUUUAAUACCUCCCCUAACUGUCUUGUAGCCCAUCACUGUUUUUUUAGUUCUCCAUCUCUGGUUGCUUGUCCCUAUUUAUUAAUUUCUCCCUCUACACCGCGUAUUUUGUCUUUUUUUGUCUUUCUUGCCCUGCCUGUAUUCUUUUCUUCCUUCCUCUCUGUUUUACUGUCUCGGGUUUUUUUCUGCAUCUCUAUCCUGCUUUGUUGAUCUCUGGCCGUCUUUGUUGAUCUCUGCCCUGCUCCUUCCUCUUUCUGCUGCCUCUUCCUCUCUCCCUGCUGCUUCUUUCUUCAUCUCUGUUGGACUCCCUUUCCCUUUCUUUCUUUUGCCGUCCUCUUCCCUGCCUAAUGCUUUCUCACUACACCCCCACUGUCCAGCCAGCUGCCACUUUUCUUCUCUGGUCUAGUGUCCUGGACCCUGGUGCUUAUAUUUGUCAGUCUCCUCCUCUGCCCAGCAGCCUGUCACUCCAGGAGCCAACUAACUGUCCGUUCCUCGCUGAGCUGAUGACCGUGGCUCUGGGAAAGAUUGCCAAGGUGUCUUAGGAGCAGGCACUGAUUCCUGAAGCAGAUUUGUUCCAAGGACUUGCUGUGUGUGUGUCUGAGUAAACACUCAUUAUCUCCUU